AUGGUGCGUAGCAAAUCAUCAUCGUCCUCUUCAUCGGGUAAUGCCAGUAACAACAGCAGUACCAAAUCACCCAUACGCCAGUCGCAUCGUAAAACCUCCAGUACAUGUAGUGUAGCCCUGGACGAUGUCAAGCCAUCCACAUCAUCAAAUCGACGCUCACCCAACUCCUCGCCGGACGAUGAUUCCGACGACUAUGAUGUUCCAAUGAACACCCGUUCACCCUUUAGUUCCGUACAUAAACAAAACCUGUAUGUGGUUUCAUUUCCUAUCAUUUUUCUUUUCAACGUACUUCGUACGCUGAUCUAUCAGCUGUUUUGUAUAUUUCGCUACAUCUACGGUGCGAGCACAAAAGUCAUUUAUCGUCCGCAUAAGCGUGAAUGUAAUAUUGAAAUUGUUGUUGGCUCCUCAGGCUCUGGUGCACAAAAUUCCAGUUUGGUGGCCGUCUCGUCCAAGGAUAAACAUCAUCAUCAUCAGCAGUUGUUGGAACAACAGUCAGCGUACAGCACAAAUUCAAUAACAUCGACAGCGAUUGCCCCCUACCCGUUGCCGGGAUCAAGAGGAGUACGUCAUCCACAACAGCAGUUGGAAAUGUUCAAUAAGAAUAGUACGGUGGGAGCGGGCGGUGGUGGUGCUGGAGCAUCGGGUCCAGGUCCCGGUGAUCCAUUGUUGGCCAAACAGAAACAUCAUCAUCGCCGGGCUUUCGAGUACAUUUCAAAGGCCUUGAAAAUUGAUGAAGAAAAUGAAGGUCACAAGGAAUUGGCUAUUGAACUGUACCGCAAAGGUAUUAAAGAAUUGGAAGAUGGUAUUGCUGUCGAUUGCUGGAGUGGUCGGGGUGAAGUUUGGGAACGUGCCCAGCGACUGCAUGAUAAAAUGCAGACAAAUCUAUCAAUGGCAAGGGAUCGUUUACAUUUUCUAGCAUCGGGUCGUAAACUUACCGUUAGUUCAAAACGUCCAGGAAACUUAGCUGUUGUAAAUAAAUCUCAAACCUUACCAAGAAAUUUGGGCUCAAAGAAUGCAAUAGCAGGGGUAUCACAACGUCAGCCCAUAAAAACUGCUGCCACACCUCCAGCUGUUCGAAGGCAAUUUUCUUCCGGUCGAAAUACACCACCGCAACGUUCUCGCACACCCAUAAGUGGUAUUGGUGGUAGUAGCAGCGGUGGCGGUCAAUCGAAUAGUGGCGCCAGUACACCCGUUGUCAGUGUUAAGGGUGUUGAACAGAAAUUGGUACAAAUAAUAUUGGAUGAAAUUGUCGAGGGCGGAGCUAAAGUGGAAUGGUCCGAUAUUGCUGGGCAAGAGGUUGCCAAACAGGCCCUACAAGAAAUGGUAAUAUUACCAGCUGUACGACCGGAAUUAUUUACGGGUCUCAGAGCACCCGCCAAAGGUUUACUCUUGUUCGGACCACCUGGUAAUGGUAAAACCUUACUCGCUCGAGCUGUUGCCACCGAAUGUAGUGCUACGUUUUUGAACAUCUCAGCCGCCUCGCUAACAAGUAAAUAUGUGGGGGAUGGUGAAAAAUUGGUGCGAGCCUUAUUUGCCGUUGCCCGUGAAAUGCAACCAUCCAUAAUUUUCAUUGAUGAAGUCGAUUCACUGCUCUCAGAACGUAGCAGUAAUGAACAUGAAGCUUCACGACGUUUAAAAACUGAAUUCCUCGUCGAAUUUGAUGGUCUGCCGGGUAAUCCAGAUGGUGAUCGUAUUGUUGUUUUAGCGGCAACAAAUCGUCCACAAGAAUUAGAUGAGGCGGCGUUGCGGCGUUUUACAAAACGUGUUUAUGUUUCGUUACCCGAUUUGGAAACACGAGAAUUACUGUUGCGUCGUUUGCUGCAAAAGCAAGGUAGCCCCUUGGAUACAGAUGCCUUGAAGCGUCUGGCAAAACUCACCGAAGGUUAUUCUGGUAGCGAUUUAACAGCAUUGGCCAAAGAUGCAGCAUUGGAACCAAUACGUGAAUUAAAUGUGGAACAAGUUAAGUGUUUGGAUAUCAGUGCUAUGCGUCCAAUAACCGAAAAUGAUUUUCAUAAUUCCCUGAAACGUAUACGUCGCUCAGUGGCACCCCAAAGCUUGACGUCAUAUGAAAAAUGGUCUCAAGAAUAUGGUGAUAUUACCAUUUAAAAAAUAAUUUAAACUAGGUAUUAUUUUUCUAUAUAUAUAUA